UGCAGAGGAGACGGACCAAUCAGCACUCUCUGCUCCACCUUCAGUAACUCCCACUCUCCCACUCCAAAUGUGUGUGUUGUUCCCUCCGCAGCUCAGACGUGUGAUGCUGUGCAGAGCCGCUCACUGAAGACGACAACACCAGCUGAGAGGAGUUGUUGGAUGGGUGAUUUUCCAUCAUGCUCAGUUCUGUGUGUGUGACUCUGUUUGGAAUUCUGGGAGUGCUGCUGAUCCCAGGACACACCCAGGUCACACCCAUCUCUGUGUGCGUUGAAGAUGACAGGGACCUGAGGGUGGACUGUCGGAUCGAGGCCAUGACCAACAAGUUUGACAGCUAUGAGUUCUCCUGGUCGUCUGGAACCAGAGAGUCGCUCAUUAACACCAACGUGUCGGGCUCUUCAGCAGAGAGUCAGUUCAAAGACAAAAGCUACGUGGAGCCGCUGCAGCCUCACGGCUACAGACUGACCCUGAGCAGCUUCACCGACACAGCCCGAAACAACACCACCUACAUGUGCAAGAUCAACGGCAAGGCUGCCAGAAUCAGCGUGGAAGCAGACCAACUGGCCCCGUGUUCAGCUGUCAGUCUGUUUCUGAAGACUUCCUGCGUCUGGAUUGUUUCUCUGCUCUUCUUCUUCUAUCACUGUCAAAGCUAAAGAGACACACACACAUCUGACCAUGCCUCACUGUCUGUCUGUCUGUCUGUCUGUCUGUCUGUCCACACCCAUACAUCAUCCCAACAUUAGCACAGCAUGAAACCCCAGGCUUCACUUCUUUCCUCCUACAAGCACUGAAAUAAUACUGACAGUUUUCUUUACGCUCUCUAACACAGAAUGACAAUUACCUUAGGAUGACUCAGCAGAAAUGUAUAAAGGACAAAGUAAACAUAUAUAUAUUAUUGUAUGUGUAUAAAUUCACUGAAUAAAUAAAUACAGUGGAAUGUGUACGUCUGAAAGCUGCAGUGUUUGUUUUCAAUAAAGAGAAGUGGUUUAAAAUCA